AUGUCUUUUAUCAGGAAUCUUCUAUUUGGUGGUGUGAAGACUAGUGAAGAUCCCACCGGUGUCGUUCAAGGUAGCUCCACUCCAACGAUAAACGAAGCAUCACAACCCAUUAUUGAAGGAAAGUUCUAUCCUAGGACGAUCUACAAAUUUAACGGACAUGAUGAUGAGAAGAUAUUUAUUGCCGUUAAAGGUAAAGUGUUUGAUUGUACUCAAGGGAGACAAUUUUAUGGACCCAGCGGACCUUAUUCAAACUUUGCCGGACAUGAUGCCUCGAGAGGCCUUGCCACGAAUUCGUUUGAGCUUGACACUUUGAGACACUGGGAUCAGCCCAUUGACGACUUGAAAGACUUGACUACGCAAGACCUUCAGGCUUUAGACGGUUGGCUGGAGCAUUUUGAAAAGAAAUAUCCCUGUGUGGGUAGCCUGGAAGCAGAGCCAGGUGUCAAUAUUUAA